UAACACUUCUUAAUAACAUGCACUCAAAGCUAUAAAAAGCUAUUCUAAUGUGCCGUGUAUCAUGCUUGGGUUUACUUGGCAUGAAGAAGGAUCAAGAUAACAAUUGUUGUGAAAUUAAUUUGGCCCUGUAUACUGCAUGACAACGGUUGCCUGAAAGACUGCAGCAAAAGAUCCAAACCAAUAGAAAAAUAGUUUGCAGGCAACUCAGUGACAUUUGUAUUCUGAGAAAUUUCCACUGAAGAAAAAGGCUGGGGUUUCUCUGGAGCACCAUAUGAAUUGUGUUUUGGUUAGAACUGGUGAUUGUCAUCGAUUUCCAGAGCUGCUACAUUGAAAGAAUUCCCUGCAUCACCUAUUGGAAGACUUGGCUAUGAUAUAAUGACAGGCAUCUCUGAGUGGUAUUCUGGAAGAUUGCUGUUAGCAACAAAUUGUGAUGGGAAGCUUGCCCAGUAAGAGGAAACAGAUUGCUAACCAGACAAGCCCACAACUGAACACAAGGCACAGCCAGAGCUAUAGCAUAAACCUGCCAGAUGCCAGUUUCCCCAUGAUUGUUGCAGUCAGUGAUUUUCCUUCUAGAGACACAGAACCAGUACUAAGGAUGGGGGAACAGCUGUGUUUGUUAUCUGAAGACAGUGAAUGGUGUCAAGUCAAGUCAGUAGCAACUGGCAAAGAAUGCUGUGUACCUAGCAACAACAUAGCUAAAAUUUCACAUAGGUGGCUCUAUGAUGGCAUUGAUCGAGCCAAAGCUGAGCAGUUGUUGCUGUUGCCUGCAAACCAGGAAGGUUCUUUCAUCAUAAGAAAGAGACAAGCAAAGAAAGGUUGCUACUCUUUAUCAAUCAGAUGUACAAAUCACGAAUCCUGGAAUUGUAUAAAACACUACCGCAUUAACUGUUUGGAAAACAGCUGGCUUUAUAUCUCCCCCAGCCUUACCUUCCCAAGCUUGCAUGAACUGGUGGACUAUUAUUCUGAAAGUAGUGAUGGCUUAUGUUGCCGUUUGAAGACACCAUGCUUCAUCCAAGGAGCUAGUUCCAGCUUGUUUCAUAAUCUUCCCAAACCUGUGGAAGUAAAGAAAUCUUUCAAUUGGCAACAGAUUAAGAGCUCGGACUUGUUGUCAGAAGAACGGCUAACAGAAGACUCACCCAUCAGUCUUGGCUUGCGCGAAGCAGUUACUACUUACCUGUUUAUGACCGAUGACCUGUCAUUACAGGGCACACCAAACAGAAAAGGAAGGCAAACCAAAGAUACAUAAAGGAAAUAUUGGAAGUAUUUCUGGAAUAUCAAGCUUGAACACAAGAUUUGUUGAAUUUGUGGUAUUUUUAUCAAGUUGAUUCAAAGUGGUUAUCCAUAAAUCAGUGUUAUCAUAGUUAUACUUUUCAUCUUUUUCUGUAUGUGUGUCUGUGUAAGUUUAUUUAUGUAUUUUCCCUACAGGUUUUGCACUUGGUAAUUCAUAAUUGAUUAGUAAUGGAAAAACUGAAGUAUUCACAAUAAACCAAAUAAUUGUUUCACCAGGCUGUAAUGGAGCAUUGGAACAUUUAUGUCAACAGUUCAGGAAACAAAGGAAAGCAAGGAAAGAUGUUUUCUCUGGUCUGAGAGGAAGAAUGAUAGGAAUGGAGCCACCAAAAGUAGAAUGGAAAUGCAAGUGGUUCUAUAUAUAGUGUCCACAAAUGGCAUAUAAAAGGCACACAAAAACCUAUGGCAGCUUCUGGCCGUACUCAUAAGCUGCAUGGUUUGCUUAAUAAAGUCAUAAUACAUUGGUUUCAUGUUAAAACUAAACAAAGCACACAAGUUCACCACCUUGAAUUAUUUAUAAAAAUAAUAAAGGAGGAAUACAAAUAAAAAAAUUAAAAAUAAAUUAUAGUGGAGUCAUUGAGAUGCCUGAGCUUGGUUGUUUGCUUGCAAAUGUUUCAUAAUCUGAUUAGAAUUGACCUUAGUUGGGUAAUGAAAUGUUUACAAGCAAGCAACCAAGUUCAGAGAGCGCCAAGAAAUCUGUAUUUCAAUCCUGAGUUACAUAUAUUCUCAUAUUGUAACUACAUUAUAGCCUGAACAAUCAGGAAACCAAUCCAAAGCCCACAAAAAUAGAGUAGUUAUUUUUAGCAUUCAACUUGUUUGGCUCUCAGUUUCAUACAAAGCAGACUUCGGGAAUAUGGAAGCGCUGAUCUCUCAGAUGUUGUUAAAUGAUAAUUCAGUGUCCCUAAGCACUGGCUAUGCUAAUUAGAAUUUCUACCAGUUACAAUAUGUAACAAGUCGAAAGUUACAUAUGUUUAAGCCAGGCUCUAGUUUUAGGAUUAUCUUCAAUGUUAAAGGGAUAGAGCUGGAAAUAUAAGUUAUUCAAGCCUUAACAAAAAGCUCUUACUUGUUUACAGAUAAACAAUAGAGAAGUAUUUUUUUCAGCGAUAUCUUGUUAUCUAGAAAACUCCCCAUGUUAUUGUGAGACAACUGGAUGUCUUUUAACAAUCACAAACUUUAUUCCAAUUUAUUACAGCAAAAUAAUUUUAUCUGCUGUACAGCUGCUAUACUAAUAAUCUAUAAGAGCCAAAUAAUUGGAGACCAAUAAUUCCCUGAAAUUAGUCUUGGCAUAAAGUCUCUGUCAGGCUGCAAAAAAAGUAGACUUUUUGAAUGAGAUAAGAUGGUCAGAAAAAUGUUACUUCUAUGACAAACACUAGAUAACUGAAACCUACAUAAUUCUGCAGCAUAUAAACAUUACGGAUUUUUAUUCAUAAUUACCAAUUUGUACACUAAACAGGUCUUCAACACACAAAUGUGCUUUAAUUUAAACUUUGGUGGUGUCAAAAACAACUCCAAUAUCAAGGUAGGAAAAAUCCAACAUUCAGAACAUCCAAUGCAAAAAUACCCUAUUCUGUCCACCUCAAAGUAAUUUCUUGUCCCAGAUGUUAUCUAACAAAAAGGAAGUAGUGAUGGAAAUAUGAUCUGCAGGCAAAUGAUAUUCUUAAACAUAUAAAAUAGUUACAAUACACCAACGUUUGAAAAGCUACUAUAUAACGUAGCUUUAAUGUAAGCAGCAUUUCUUCACUUUGAUCUCACAAAUAAUGCUAGUAAGGAAACUAAAAAUAAAAAGUACAAAAAGGGGGUUCAAAAACAUUGUUUAACAUAAUGUCCCAUUGCCUUUGGGAACAGUACCUCAUGCAUAGACCUCGAGACUCUUUGUUAUACACAAAUAUAAAAUUAACUGAUUCCCAAAACCACACUUUACAAGUAUCUACAAUGAAAACAUUUAUAAUAUUGAACAGGAUUAUGUUUCAAACUAUAACCGGAAUGGCAAUUAUUAACAGUAGGGAAGAAAACAAUACCAUGACCAUCACUGGCCAUGGCUAGAUCGGAAUCU